AACUCAGUGGACACGGCGAAGCCUCUGUUACGCAAGGCCAUCCAGAUCUCUCAGCAGACUCCAUACUGGCACUGUCGGCUGCUUUUCCAACUUGCACAACUACACACUCUUGAAAAAGAUUUGGUAUCUGCAUGUGACCUCCUGGGAGUGGGAGCAGAGUACGCUCGGGUGGUGGGGUCAGAGUAUACCAGAGCACUGUUCCUGCUAAGCAAGGGAAUGCUCCUUCUGAUGGAACGGAAGCUGCAGGAGGUGCACCCCCUCCUUACCCUGUGCGGACAGAUAGUUGAAAAUUGGCAAGGAAACCCCAUCCAGAAGGAGUCGUUGCGUGUGUUCUUCUUAGUCCUGCAGGUCACACAUUACCUGGAUGCCGGGCAGGUGAAGAGUGUGAAGCCGUGUCUGAAGCAGCUUCAGCAGUGCAUUCAGACCAUAUCCACGCUACAUGAUGAUGAGAUCCUGCCCAGCAACCCCGCGGAUCUCUUUCACUGGCUGCCCAAGGAACACAUGUGUGUGCUUGUCUACUUGGUGACAGUGAUGCAUUCCAUGCAAGCAGGGUACCUGGAGAAGGCUCAGAAGUACACAGACAAAGCACUCAUGCAGCUAGAGAAGCUAAAAAUGUUGGACUGCAGUCCUAUCUUGUCAUCUUUCCAAGUUAUUUUGUUGGAACACAUUAUCAUGUGUCGGCUUGUCACAGGACACAAAGCCACAGCGUUGCAGGAGAUCUCACAAGUCUGCCAGCUGUGCCAGCAGUCUCCCAGGCUGUUUUCUAAUCACGCUGCCCAGCUGCACACUCUGUUAGGGCUCUACUGCAUUUCUGUUAAUUGCAUGGACAAUGCAGAAGCACAGUUUACCACGGCACUGAGGCUCACUACACACCAAGAGCUGUGGGCAUUCAUUGUGACAAACCUGGCCAGUGUGUACAUCAGGGAAGGCAACCGGCACCAGGAGCUUUACAGCUUAUUGGAAAGGAUAAAUCCAGACCACAAUUUUCCCGUGAGCUCGCACUGUCUUCGAGCGGCAGCUUUCUAUAUCCGAGGUCUGUUCUCCUUCUUCCAAGGAAGAUACAACGAGGCAAAGAGGUUUUUGCGAGAGACGCUGAAGAUGUCAAAUGCAGAAGAUUUGAAUCGAUUAACAGCAUGUUCUCUGGUGCUCCUGGGUCAUAUAUUCUACGUGUUAGGGAAUCACAGGGAAAGUAAUAACAUGGUAGUGCCAGCCAUGCAGCUUGCAAGCAAGAUCCCGGAUAUGUCUGUGCAGCUGUGGUCUUCAGCUCUGCUGAGAGACCUGAACAAAGCCUGUGGAAAUGCGAUGGAUGCACACGAGGCAGCACAGAUGCAUCAGAACUUCUCCCAGCAGCUCCUCCAGGACCACAUCGAAGCGUGCAGUCUUCCAGAACACAAUUUAAUCACGUGGACAGAUGGACCACCUCCCGUACAGUUCCAGGCACAGAACGGACCCACCACCAGCCUGGCCAGUCUCCUGUGAAACAGAAUCAGGACAGUGUGUUUAAAAAAGAAUCCAACAAAAAGCCAAAAAGAAAAGAAAAGGAAAAAAAAAAAAAAAGAAAGGAGAAAAACUCAUUGCAAAAUCUUUUCUUCAAAGAAAAGGCAGCAAAUUCCUCUUCUAACGAGGGCCUUGUAGGAAACCGAUUGCAUAAAGACAACAUACAUUUCAUAGACUUGCAAAGUGAGAAGGGCAUUUUAAGCUACUUUUACAUAACGUGUGUGAAUAUACAGCUAGCGUGUAUAUACCUACUGGUUUUAAUCUGUUUCCCUCUUACUGAGAAGUAAGGUUUAGUCCAAAGGACGCUUGUUCCUUCAGUUGUUAGAGACUUGUUUUUUAAAAUUUGUCACAGAAAGUUGAGAGGACUUGCACAGUUUGGAAUACUGGGCGUAUUCUAAGUACUUCAGCCUUCCCCGAGUUACGAUGCAUGCCAGCUCUAACAUCUUCUGUGCCCUUCCACUCCUGGGAACAACGGGAUUCAAUCCUGACUGGUUGUAGGGUGCCCUGAGUUCUGCAUUCAGCUUCUGAGGUGAAAUUAUUGUGUGCGAGUCGCCUUGCAGUGAAGGCAGUGCUGAGGGCGGCGGGGUCUGGGUUUUAGUUCCUUGGGACGAGCAGAGGGGCAGAUCCCACAGCCUGAGCUGCCAGCCUGGGCCACUGCCACUGCUUUGUCAGGGUCUUCCUUCCACGUCCCUGCUCUGCUGGUUCCCACAGGGUGAGGCGGAACCACAGCUCUCUCCAUCUCCGCUGCUUCAUAGUGGUUUGUAGAGGAGGAGGAAGUUUCUUCUCAUUUUGGCCCAGCAGCUGGGAAACAGCAUUUUGCAUCCUGCAGCCUCACCAAGGCAAGGCAGCACCUGUGCCUUAACGAUUUCUACCAAUGAUUGCAGUGAGGGUUCAGCUCAGCAAGGUGGUUUAAAGCUGGUUCCCGCAGAAGCAAAAGGGCUGCACUUAGCAAAAAAAGUAUUUCUGUGUUAGCUUCCCUGUUUUAUCUCCCUCUUUUGAGCUCUUUGGUCUCCCCGUGCCUCCGCAGCUGUCCUGAAGCAGGAUCAGCGUGGCCCAAAUUCCUCCUGUAGGAAACAGUACAGAAGUUGUCAAUGCCAAUGCAUCAGUAGCUUUACAGCAAGGAGCCGUGCCAGGCUGCUGCAGUGCGCUGUAACCUUACACAGUUCCGGGGGUCAAAUAAAGGUAUAUUUUUUUUUUCCUCUCCUGGUAGCUCUGCAUAUUUAUCUCCCAGUUUGAAAAGGGAAGGGGAAAGGAAUCUGUUAGCUCAGUUGCUUUGGUUGGUCUUUGUGCUUUUGUGGAGAGAGAGGAGGCGAGUCUUUUAGAGGAAAUAUUUGACCCCUCAGACACGUACAAUUCAUUGUAGGAGGAAGGCUGUGAAACCUGUCUCUCAUGGGCCUCCUUUUUGAAAACCCUUUCCCCUGUCAAGUGAACGCAGAUGCAUUUUGUGAUUCAAAGCCCUCAGCUUUGACCACUGAAUGACAUGAAAGGGACUCCUCCUCAUCCCCACACUGGGGUUUUAUGCUCGUCCUACUGGCCGCGCAGGGGCGAGUCAGAUCCUGUUUUCAGACAGUUCCUUCUGCAGAAGCCGUGUGUAUUUUAGGCCUAUGGAAAACGUGCCCUCGGUGUCGCUGUAAGGAGAGUAUUAGCGGGGCUGCAAGAAGAAAGUUCAGUGCCAUUUUGAAGUCUGUUUUAUUCCCUAAAAACUCCGCCAGGAAGGGAAGCGGUGAGGUCUGUUGGCUGCAGGGAUGGGCUGGGCACAGGGAGAGUCCGUGCAGAUGGAAGCUGCUGCUGCUGCUCCCCGUGCUGUUGUUUGGGAUGGAGCGUUCCCUGCCAGGUGUGAGGAAUGGCUGCAGCUGUGCAGAUCAGCACUCGUGUGCUUUCACAUCUCCCGCAGUCUCAUUCAGACGCCACAAACUCUCUUUUUUCAGUCUGCCAUCCAACCCGAGGCUGUUGCUUACCUGAUACACGCCCAUGGCAACUGCAAUAAGUGGCUUUAAAAGUUGGCCAGAAAAGUGCUGCUUCUAUAAGGCAAUAUUUUAAAAAAAAAAUGACCCCAGCUGCAGAGAGCUGUGGUUUGGGCUGAAGUCAAGAAAAGAUUUUGCAGCAGGAAGGGUCCCCCCGGUGCCACGCGGGCGCUGCAUCUCCUGCCCUCACCCUCCUGCUCCGGGGGCUGCGUCGCUGAGGACUGCGUGCCAGGAGAACGUUUGCAGCGGCACGAACCAAACUGCUGGCAGCUCCAAUCCCUGCCGCUGCGCUCAGGAGGGAAGGGAGGCCCGGAGGGAGCUCCUGCCAGCAGCACGCUCGGGUUUUCAGCACCAAGUUUUCAGCGUGGUUGAAUUUGUCCCAUCGGGAGGAAGGACGUGGGACGCCCGGUCUGCAGCACGCCAGCUUCGCCCGCUCUUUGCUUCCCUGCAGAAUGGAACCCGGGGCGCAGCAGCAGCUGAACUGAGGCCCUGCCCCAUCACACAAUAUCAAAGCUCGUGUAAAUUUGGAAAUAAUAAUCUCGGUGAUUUUCUAUCUCUGAAAUUCAAGUGUACAUUUGUUACAAUGUACAGUGCUUUUUAACUACACUUGUAUAUUAAAUUAUUUAAUAGUUUUUGCUUUUCAGUAUCUUUUGUAUGUAGCAGAGAUUAAAGCAAGGACCUCGUGACUGAA